AUGGACAAUAAAAAGGCAGCAGAAGAUCUGACUGAUUACUUUAAAACAUACUUUGGGAACAAUCUUCAAAAAGAGCUACUGAAAGCUCCCCCAUCCACUGAUGACGUCUUGGCUCCCACCACUCACCUCAUCAGGAAGAGAAGAGAGGAGCUGGACAUACACAAGGCCAUGGAGGCCCUUCAAGAGGACUUUGCCAUGAACCUGAUGGCCCAGUGUGUCAGAGAUAAAGAGCUGAAGGAGAGGGAGGUUGAGUUAAAGGAAUACCUCAGGAACUUCAACACAUUUCUCCAGUUCCAGGAGGCGUGGCAGGUGAUGUCCAGGGUGGACACUCUGGUCCAGACCAGGGAAGAACUACUGACCAGCAUCAAACAGAACCAGGAGUGUUGUGAGACGACCCGGACCCAGCUGACCCAGUACCUGGAGCAGAACGACGACCGCCUACUGCACUACAACAACAGGCUGGCCAAGCUACAGAGGAUUCUAGACAGAGUACGCAGUGAGACCAUGCUAUGGGAGUCUCGGUGGGCUCACAUCCAGAAUACGGCAACUACGAAGACCAUGCUCCUGGGCACCAUCAAGAUGGCCACCGUCAACCUGUACCAGACUACCAGCGAGAAGGCCCAGGAUGGGUGGGGCGAGGUCGCUCUGAAGGACACUCUCAAACAGCUGGAUAAGGUGUGUGUGUCUGUGUGUGUGUUACCAUACAAAACUUGCAGUUUAGUAACAGGCUGUCUACAGACCGCUCUGUAGAUAUACUGUAACUAUUUAUAUUUGUUAUGUCUGAAGAUCCUUCUGGGCAAAAUAAAGCUAAUUUAUUCAGUUCAGUUCUAUUCUAUUCUAUUGUCUUGGCACUGUUGUACAGAAAGGCCUUAUGACAUAACCCUAACCCUAACCCUAACCCUAACCCAUAUCAGACAAGAACUUACCAGAAACAUUGUAGGCCAUCAAUGACUGAUUUUUCAAAUGAUGUCCUUCACCUACA